CUUUAUAGUGCUUCGCCUUGCAACAUCGAAAAGUCGAACCUCUUCCUUUUGUCUCAUUGUAAAUUGCAAGAGCUCAUGUCGAUGAUGCGUCCCGGCUGUGAUUAUGUAGGCUGCUGCGCCACUUUUCAUCGCACAACCCCAUUACUAAUUUCGAUGGGGAUUGACAAAAGCAAGCUGGAUUACUAUUAUGCACUUAUCAGCGAAACUAUUCUCUCGCUUCAGGAUGUUGUGACGGGACUUAUUCCUGCUUCUCCUUCAAAUCCCCAUGCAUGGGUUAGGGAUAAUGUGUACGCGUCGUUUUCGAUAUGGGGACUAUCCAUGGCAUAUCGCAAGGUUCCAGAUGUGGACGAAGAUCGAUCUCGAGGCUAUGAAUUGGAAAAGUGUGUCGUGAACUUGAUGAGAGGAAUAUUAAGGUGUUACAUGUACCAAGCGGACAAGGUGGAGAGCUUUAAGAAGACUCAGUGUACUAGCUCUUCUCUACAUGCGAAAUUCGAUUCCCGAACUUGUAAAGCUGUGGUUGGGGACUAUGAAUGGGGACAUCUUCAGAUUGAUGCGGUUUCGUUGUACCUACUUGCAUUGGCUCAAAUGACUGCGUCGGGACUUCGGAUUAUCUGGACCGUUGAUGAGGUUGCUUUCAUUCAAAAUCUUGUGUUUUAUAUCGAGCCUGCCUCAAGAAUCCCAGAUUAUGGUAUUUGGGAGCGAGGUGAUAAGACCAAUCAUGGUCUUCCAGAACUAAACACCAGUUCUGUGGGUCUUGCAAAGGCGGCGCUAGAGUCUUUGAACGGUCUAGAUCUUUUUGGACCUCAGGGUGGUGCAAACUCCACAAUUCACUGCCUCAUGGAUGAGUGUCAAAAAUGCAACACAGUUCUUGAGAAUAUGCUCCCCCGAGAGUCGUACUCGAAGGAAACUGAUGCAGCUCUACUGGGAAUCAUAAGUUAUCCUGGGUUCGCCGUCACCGAUGAGGCGCUUAUUGAGAAAACACGAAACACAGUAUUGUCCAAGCUUCUUGGGAGCUAUGGGUGUAUCCGAUUUCUUCGAGAUGGUUACAAAACGGCCAGAGAGGACCCUAGUCGCUUGCAUUAUGAGCCCUGGGAGUUGCGAAUGUUUGAUGGUAUAGAAUGCCAGUGGCCUCUCUUUUUCACAUACCUUGUUAUCGGUGCAUGCUUUGAUAACAACUUUGAUUUGGCCAAGAAAUACAUGGACCAGCUGGACCAAAUUGUGCUCCGUCGGGUAAGUCUUUGUCUGACUGUAGAAGUCAAGUGUUUCAUGACUGAUGUUCUCCACUUUUGGUGGAUCAUCGGUCAUGCGGUCACCGCCAAAAUUUCUUGUGAAAAGCAUGAGGAUCCGGUGAUGCAAUUCACCACAAUGAAACCUACCACAGACACUGACGACACACUCUAUCCUUUUAUGCCGGAACUCUACGCCUUGCCAGGGGAAAAAAUCGAUGCAGAGCUGAAAGCUCACAACUCGCAGGUGCGUAUUCCCAUCGGUUCGGCGCCCCACAUUUGGGGUCAGUCGAUGUACAUCUUAUCGCGUUUGAUCAUGGAUCGUCUUUUGUUGCCUGGUGAGAUUGAUCCUCUUGGCCGACGAAUGGCCUCGGAGCCAAAACCAGACCUGGUCGUGCAGGUUGUCGUACUAGCGGAGGAUGAUUUAGUCAAGGAGCGUCUCGCUGAGUUUAAUCUAGACGUGCAGACCCCCUCAGAGGUGGUCUGUGAUUCUGGGAUUCAGAUAUACCCGGCUAAAGUGCUCUUACAAAUCUACAAUCAGCUUGGUGUUUGUCCCAAGCUUGGUCUCUCAGGAAGAACAGCUAGGGAUCUCGGUGUGAUUGCGACAAGCUCGCUCUAUAGGAUUGGGAAUACUACAAUGGCAUUUACUCCACAGUUCAUUGACAGUCACUCCUUCUACGUGAAUCUCGAUGUAAACUUCACCCUCGACGAGUUUCGUUCCAAUGUGGCCUUUUUGAGGCGUGUUUGGGCCUAUCCUGGGCGACCCACCCUUCUUCUUCCUGUUGCCGAGAGAUUCGUCCGUUCGGAGUCCGACGCCUUACUUCCCGCCAUGGUGACAGUCAUCAAAAAGGUGAAGAGUGGAUACAUCAACGGGACUCGUGUCGCUUUGGGCAAUAUGUCACAAUUUGAGGCAACGUCUUGCGUACAGAAGCUCUCUUUCAUUAAAUCAGCUGAGACUGUGAUGAAGCGCCAUUCGGUACUACGCUCGGGCUCGCUGCGCCAUCGUCGUCUCACACUUGCCUCACCACAUUCACGAGGUGUGGAAUUUAGUUCGCCAACCUGUCUGGGCGAUCAGCAGUCGACCUACUCCAGCCUUGCCUCCACUCCCACUGGGGCAGGUGGCCUUGCCUCCCCUGGGGGCAUUCAUCUACCCUCAGACGGUAGAAUGCGCGAUGAGCACGAGGGCAUACAGCGCACCAGCCUCCGGCGCAAAUCUCUUGCUCUCGCUUGCGCCGUAUCCGUAGAUUUGGCUGCUGCUGAUGAUGAAUCGCAAGAACUUGGUUUGGAUGAAAAGGGGUACUUAAGCGGUCUGCGCGACCACGAAACCACCUCGACAGAACGGACGCAAACUGACGCGCACGAUUUUCAUCCCACAGAAGAGACGACUCUGCACCGUCUGCGUGUGGGUGAAUUUCCCAACUAUUCGGACUCCAGCUACGAGACGGCUUUCCGACGCAUCAUAAUGUGUCCAAAGGACAGCACUUCAGGUGACGGCAGUGGAGAUCCUCAGCGUCCCACAAACCUUCGCUUUUCCACACAUACUAAUCAGCCACGCAAGACCUCUAGUGGCCGUAGCUCACAGAGUGGAGGUUCCAUGGGCAGCACAGGCGUUGAAGUCAGUUGUGAAUGGCUAGCCGAUCUCAACGCGGAGCAGAUGGUGGAAUAUCUCCAACAGACCGGAAAUUUAGCCAAGCAGGCUGAGAUUCUAGGCCGACUGAAACAGAUGAAGGGUUUAGACUGGGACACGGGCAUGGACAGCGAAACUCCUGCAACUGUUCGUAGUCUUCUUAAGGAGGUAUAUCAGAAGGCUUGUCAGUGUCAGGAUUGGUUCCUCCUCCGCUACAUUGGUGGAUUGUUGGAGAAAAUUGCCGACCAGUUGGCCACGGCGGUGUCGAGUAUUUUGAUUUUACAGAAACAAAUCACGGUGGGGUUGCCACCGAAGCCAAGGGAAAAGGUUAUUAGCUCUCCAUUGCCUCCGGCUCAAAUAGCCCAACUCAUUCAGGAAGCCUGUGGGGAGGACAAUCUUAUGGCGAUGCUCACGCAGGAACUUCUCCUUCACCUCUCAAUGUUUGCACGCUCGCAUCCCAAGCUACUAGCCAAUGUAUUGUGCCUACGAACCGGUCUUAUUAUCAAACUCAUGGGCACGGAACUGGCUCGCUCCAUGGAAAGUUCAGUGGAGGAUGCUCUCCUCGCUCUUUUCUACAUGAGUCCCUAUGAGACCAACUGUCUGCUUGCAAAUCUCCUUUCUGGUAACGAGAUUAGAGCCGUCAAGAUAGCCGCCUCGCGCCGCAAGUCCUCGGCAUUCCUAAAGGUUGACUCACCCUACGAUCUAUCCCACCUGACAUCACCAGCCAUCUCGAUUCCGCAGAGUCCUACGGGAACCUUGCGCAGCAUGGGCGGGACACGGGCUCGCGCCGGAUCUUUGGCUGUCACGGCCUCCAUCGAACCUCCAGGCGAAGUUCGCGAUUUGUGGUCACGGCGACGCAAAAUUGAUGGAUCGCUUAACCGUGUUCCGCCACAGUUCUUCCAACGUACCUACACUAUCCUUGAACGUCUUCAAGGACUCCGCAUUGGUGAAAACACGCUAACAACAACGCUCACGAAAGAGAUGACCAAGGAAGAACUGAAGUUUGCACUAGUGGUAGAGUCCUUCAUCAACACUGUUCCGACACCAGAGUAUCGCCAGUUAUUGGUAGAGGCUACCACGGUUCUCGGUGCUCUAGUUACUCACGACGAGGAGGCGCGGAUUCAGCUCAAUUGUAUCGUCUCCCUUGAUGAUCUUGUGGCUAAGGCCAAUCACAUUUUCCUGGAGGAUCAGGCCGCCCACGGAGCCAAUGCGACGCUGUGCUGUGCUAACUCUCUGGUUCGCGCCUCCAGGUCGGCAUCGGGUACGGAGCUCGAAGACGAGGCACUCUCAACCACUCCAACACAGUCCAAUCCCUCGGGUGUUACACGCAAGAUGGGUCUAGCGAACAAUUAUAAAGCCCCAUUGAUGGCGAUCCCAUCACAGCAAAAAUGUCGCGGUUCGCACCACAUCUGUCACUACUUCUACGACACCCCACCGGCUGGUCGAUUCGGUACUAUGGCCUACAUGGUCCGCGCUCUCGCCGUCAUUAUUGGAGAUUCGCUGCCCCUGGGCAAUUCGGGCAACAUUGCAGUUAACUGCUCAGUAGCAUAG